AGUUUACUUUCUUCUUCCUCUCUAUUGUUAUGGAGGUUUCUCACCAUCGAAGUGAGAUUGUUCAUUCAACUCUCAGGGAUGUGUUAAAAUGGUAUCUAGACGGACUUUUCUUGGCAUCGAUUUCCUCAAUCCAUGGAAAUAGAAAAAAAUUAUUUCAUCCUUACUCAACAUCAGAGAGUAAGUCGAACAAUCACAGCAACGUUUCGAUGUUAUUUCAUAGACAUUUAAAUAUGUCAAGAACAACCUUAAAAAUUUUCAGAACAACUUUAACAGAGUUUUCUCAAAUCUGAAAGACAACUUUAUGCUCUGCAAGAAGAGGAGAAAUACACAGUUUCCAUAAAUCCCGUUAGAAACCAAAAAACCAUUUCCACCAUUCUCAUAUCUCCCUUGCAAACAAAAUAGCCUCUCUCCGAUUUAGAAAACCCGGAUUCAUGAGGUGAAAAUUAUGAAAUAUGACCUCGACAUUUUCAAGCACGAUUUCCAAGCUGGCAUUUCCAAAAUCAGGGAUAGAGAUAGAGAAUGGCAAAAGAGAAAAAUGAGAUGUGAUGCAGUUUUGAGAAUUUCUCAGAGUUGGAAUAGAGCAUCACUACUGCUUCAACCUCAAGUUUCACACUCAGAUUUUCAGAUUCGGGAGUUUGACUUAGGUGGUAUCGAUUUUCAAUGUCUCCAUUCCUCACCCUCCUUCUUUCUUUCCCAUGAGAGCCAAUUUUUGUCCUUACCCCAAAGAUCCAGCUAUACCAUUCUCCAACCCAUAAAUCUAUCAACCUAUUCUAUGCUUCCACAUCCACACCAAUCCCAUUCAUUCAUGGUGGACAAGGCAAUCCUGUCUGUCUCUCAGUCACCUUCGUCGAUGUCGUCGACCGCGCUGCUGGGCCAAUCGGGGAGUUACAGAGCCCUACCUAUGGGGAAAGAAGUAGCAGCAGCGGCUUCGGCUUCUGCACAAAAGACCCGAGUCUUCAACGGCUGUAACAGAAGACCCAAAAUCUGCUGCGUAGAAGAUCCAAAAAUCUGCAGCAACAACUUCGGUCUUGGGUUCUUGAAAUCAUUUUUUAAUAGGGUAAAUGCUUGUGAUUGGUGCUCCGUGAUUGCAAUUCUAGUUGGAGCUCAAUCCAGGUGGGAACAAAAGCUUCAGACUUCUUACUUGCCAGAGAUGGUUUUUGGGGAGAGUUCCUUGGUUCUUAAACAUGUGAAUAGUGGCAUCAAAAUCCAUUUUAAUGCAUUUGAUGCUCUAAAUGGCUGGAAGCAGGAGGCGUUGCCACCAGUUGAAGUCCCUGCGGCAGUGAAAUGGAAAUUCAUAAGUAAACCCCUCUAGCAGGUGAUACUGGACUAUGACUAUACAUUCACGACGCCAUAUUGUGGAAGUGAAACAAUUGGGAUAGACACAUAUUAAGAAAGAGGGAGAAUCAGGGCCACCGUUCUAAUCAAAACAUUGAUUGUGUUUCUUUUCUUUUCCUUUGAAAUUUUCUUUGACAUUGAUUGUGUUGUUCUUCUGGGACAUGUUUUCAUGGGAGGCUCCCCGUGAAUUUUGAGAGAAUUGUAUGAAGGAUCUGAUCUUGCCUUCAUGCUCUACAUGGAAGAAGCAUUUCACCUUGCGCCUCAGUUGUUUGUGGAAAUUUCAAUGAAGGCUGAAUGUUGUAGUUCAAGUCACUUUUAGUCCAUUGUAAAAUAUGGAGAAUCUAGUUUUGUCAUAAGCUUUUCCUUACGACCAAAAGGCUCUUGGUGCCUCACAGGAAAUGGGCAGAAAUUACCCCUCAGUUGUUCAUGGAAAUGUUAGUUAGGGGUUAUGUGGUUUUUAUCUUUGGGAAGUUGGUGAGUGAACUCCAAAGAACCGAGGGGAUUGAUUUUUCCAAGGACAAGCUUGCUUUGCAGAGGCUUCGUGAAGCAACCGAGAGACCUUUAUCAUGGAGUCACUUUACUUCUGAAGGCAAUGUUGAGUUCAAAGCAGUUUGGUUCAUGCCACCCAAGGUGCCUCAUGAUCUAUACGAGAAUUAUUAUAAAGUCAACAAAUCCAACUUGAAUAUAAUUGAUAGGCGCGUCUUCAUCCCAAA